UCAGGCCGGAAGGCAUUUAUGGCUGACUCAGCAGCGACCAAAAACUUCCCAUCCCAUCGACUUCACAGAGCGUCUUCCAACACCCCAGUCCCAAUCAUGUCGCCACGCCUCCCUGGGAAGCUGCUUCAGUUUUCCUCGGUCCUUUGGGACUCCCAAUUGGCCUUGCCUCGUGUCACCGUACGCUCAUUUGGCAUUCGGUCCCUCAAUCCACCCAAACCCAACCGAUUCAAUGUCUCCCCCGACCUCCCCGUGCUCGAGUCUACGUCGACCGCAGCCCUCCGCCGCAAGGCUAAUUCUCUUCCUCUCCGUUCUGGCGCGAUUACGACCAAAAAGGGCAUGACUGCCAUCUUUGACCAGGAAUCCGGCAAGCGCAUCGCAUGCACCGUUCUUCAAUUGGACCGCGUUGAGGUCGUUUCACACAAGACCCGCCAAAAGCACGGCUAUUUCGCUGUCCAAGUAGGAGCGGGCUGGAAGCACCCCAGCAAUGUCAACAAUGCUCUGCUCGGUCACUUCUCCGCCAACGGCAUCUCCCCCAAACGCCAUGUAUUUGAGUUCCGCGUCAAGGACGAAGCUGGUCUCCUGCCGGUUGGCGAGAGCAUCCGGGCUAGCUGGUUCCAGGAGGGCCAAUACGUUGACGCUCGCUCCAACACGAAGGGUAAGGGUUUUGCAGGUGUCAUGAAACGACAUGGCUUCCACGGUCAGGACCGCAGUCACGGUGUCAGUUUGACACACCGUUCUCUUGGUUCAGCCGGUCCAAGUCAAGGUGGUGGUUCGCGCGUGUACCCGGGCAAGAAGAUGGCAGGAAACAUGGGAAACACCCAGAACACAGUCCAGAACCUCAAGAUUCUCAAAGUUGAUGCAGAGUCUGGAAUUGUGGUCGUGAGUGGUGCUAUUAGUGGCCCCAAGGGUUGUGUGGUGAGAAUUCAAGAUGCGAUCAAGAAGCCGUGGCCUGAAGUUGCAUCGGUCGAGUCCGCUGCCGUGGUGUGA